UUUCUAACGGCCGUUGCUGCUUCCUCAAUUCUCUCAAUCUUUGAUUUAUCAUCUCACGCUGUGUUCACCGACAAUCGGCAUUUCAUUUUUAUAUGUAUUUCACUUUCUUUGGAGCUUUGAGCUUUUAAAUCUACCGUGAUCUUUCCUCUCCACCAGCAACCGGAAGACUACCCUGGCUCUCCUCAAGAAUCAAGAAAAUCUUAUAUUUUCUUCCUGUCCAUCAUCUCAGUUUUAGGCCCGUUUGACUGGUCCCAACGUCUAAAAUUGGGCUUGUAGUCUUCCAUUCUUAGAUUAAUUUUUCUUUUCAGGUCACCGGUUUUUGAUGGCUCAGUUUUCGUUUUUGAAUGAUCUCAAUAGUGCUGUCCGCAUGGACGAACCAAUCACCAAGGGCCCUGUCCCCAGAUGGCAGAAGAAAACUCUGGAACCCAGCGGUGGGAUCAACUCCAGCUUGAAUUUAUCGAAAGGGAAAAUAUCAGCCUCAUUCAAUGCCAGCUCCUCAGGAAUGCCGAAAACACCAAAGCAGAGCGAUGCCAUGGCCAUGAAGAAAACACCAUCGAAAACUCCAAAAAAAUCACCUGGUAAAACACCCUCAAGAACACCAACGCGAACUCCCAGCGGUGGGGAUCGAUUCAUUCCAAGCAGGACUGGAACUAAUUUUGAACUUGGACAUUACAAGCUCAAUCAACAGGAAAAUGAAAGAGAGGAUGACGGGUUAAGCCCGGCUCAAAAAGACAAUCGCCAAGCCAUGAAAGAAACUCUUCACGGUUGUGACAUAUCUCAAACUAGGAUCCUGGCUUUUCAAAAGAAGGCGCCAGCUCCUCCAGAAGGUUAUGUAAAUCCAUUAAAAGUUCUCUACAGUCAGUCUAAAACUCCCAUGUCGGCCAAAGCGACUAGCAGAUACAUACCGCAUGCACCAGAUAGAAUUCUAGACGCCCCUGAAAUUGUUGAUGAUUACUAUUUGAAUUUAAUCGAUUGGAGUUCAACCAAUAUCUUAGCAGUUGCUUUAGGAAACAGUGUGUAUCUAUGGAAUGCUGCCACCGGUAAUAUAGAUCAGUUACUGGAAUUGGAAGGUCAAGACUAUGUUUCCUCAUUGAAUUGGAUUCAAGAAGGGAAUUUACUGGCAGUCGGAACAAGUUUAGGUUGCGUUCAGUUGUGGGAUGCGACUCAAAACAAACGGUUGCGUCUGAUGGAUGGACAUGCUCAGCGAGUCGCAUCAUUAUCAUGGAACACCUUCAUUUUAUCCAGUGGAUCUCGCACCGGUCAGAUCAUCCAUCAUGAUGUGAGACAAAGGGAACACCAAGUAGCCUUGUUAUCCAGUCACACUCAAGAGGUUUGUGGACUUAAAUGGUCACCAGAUGGGAAGUAUCUAGCUAGUGGUGGCAAUGAUAACAUGUUGUAUAUCUGGUCAGGCAUUCCUGGUCAAGCUUCAUAUCAAACAACACCACUUUAUAGUUUAAGUGCUCAUCAAGCAGCGGUAAAGGCAUUAGCUUGGUGUCCAUGGGCCCCGCACAUCCUGGCCAGUGGUGGUGGCACGGCUGAUAGACACAUCCGAUUCUGGAAUUGCAAUAUAGGCUCUUGUUUCAACUCCAUCGAUACCAAGUCUCAGGUUUGCGGUAUUUUAUGGUCAUCUGCUUUCAAGGAAAUCAUAUCAGGACAUGGCUUUGCAAACAACCAGUUGAUUAUUUGGAAAUAUCCCAGUAUGGCGAAAGUGGCAGAAUUAACGGGUCACACAGCACGUGUUUUACAUCUUGCAAUGUCACCAGACAAUACAACUGUGCUCUCUGCAGGAGCCGAUGAGACUCUGCGCCUAUGGAAAUGUUUUGUCCCAGAUCCACUAAAAAAGAAAGAAGUCAAAGAUUCGGCACCCAUUCACAGCAUUUUGAAACAAAGUAUCCGUUAAUUAUAAUCAAGUAUUUCCACUUCAUUUGUUUCUUGUGAUAACUGUAUAGACUGAGCUUAUCAGAGUCAGCAUUCAUUUGACAUAGCUGGUAAAAUAGGGAUGAAACUUUAUAUAUCUAUCCUUUUCUUGUUUUAGUAUCGAAGAUAUGCUGACCACUCAUUAUAUGUAGACAAAAUACGGUUACGACAGACUGUUUUGAAUUGAUUAUAUGUAAACCCAUUUUGGCAGCUCAGUUAAAUUUUUGCUGAUUGAAGUGCUUAAUUUUCUCAUUCUCAUUUAAUUUUUCAUCAAUGCUCUGUUUUGUAAAUUAUUUAUUUUUCUUCUUUUUAAAGACUGUUUUUUAUAUUUGACACUGUACUCUUCAACUUUGUAAAUACUCAACAUUCUUUAUGGCGAGAUCAAAAAGUCAACCCUCAGCUUAAGGUAACUCAAUCUAAAAAUAGCAUGUUGUUGGUUUUAAUAUGUUUUGUAAUUUUUUUUAGAGUUCUUAAAUAAUUUUUUGAAGGUAUAUCAAUGUAAUAACUGCCAGUUAAAAUUAAAUCAAAUAAUUUAUUUUAUCAAUUUAUAUUGUUCAAUUUUUACAUGCAUUUUGCAGAUUAGCUCUUUAAUAUAGCAAAGAUAUUGUGGUUCUUGAAUAAAAUUCACAAAAUUUAAUUAACAUUAUGACUUUGGUUAAUUGGAUUUCAUAGGACUAUCGUAUUGAUCUUUUAAUUCUUACCAGGCGAUCUCGACGAAUAUCUGUGAAAGCAAGUUUUUUCUGGAAAAAUUCUUAAAAUGGCUACUUUUUCUUGUGAAAAUUUUUCCUCAGAAAGAAAAGUGCGUUAAUAAAUCUGGAUUUUAAGAGUAGUGUAGGGGCCAGACAAUGGAAGUUCAAAUCUGCAUGGAUCAUUGAUCAGGAGUCCUACAGUAAAAAAAAAAGACAUCCAUGAGUAAAAAAUAAUAUCUAACAUUAAUUUUUGUUCUUUUUUUUUGUAAUCCUAAGCACUUGAGUAAAGCGAAUCAAUAAGAAACGUACAUAUUGCAUGAAAUUUUAUUCAACGACCAAUGUGUUAACUGUUCUUAGGUAUGUCCAUAAUUUUAAUAAAUGUAUUUUUAUACUUUUGUGACAAUAAACAAAUUUUCUCUGUAUUUUUGAAUGAACCCGCCAAUGUUUGUACUUUCUUCAACUUCCAAA